UAUGGCGUGACACUGGCCCAAUAGUUUUCACUCAUCUCGCUCUGCAGAAACGGAGCACGAACUCUCGCGAUGUUUCCGUGCUUCGUGAACAGCCUCUCGGUCUGGACACGAACUCUCGCGAUGUUUCCGUGCUUCGUGAACAGCCUCUCCGUCUGGACACAAACAAGCUGCUCGCGCAUCUCAGCUGACGCGGCGGGAACGGGGGAGAGCUCGAGACCCUGGCGGAGGGUGUCACCAUGGGGAAGUGGAGGUUGUUCCGUAUCUCUCUGGUUCUGGGUUCAGUCUUUAUGAUCCUGUUGAUUAUUGUCUACUGGGACGACGUUGGAGGCUCUCACCUCUACCUGCCCCCCCUCUCCCCCCGCCCCGCCCCUCACCACCCUCCCACAACACCAACCCCCUCCUUCCUCUCUGACAUCGAUGCCUUCGUAAACCAGUUCCUGGAGGGAACCAAUGAUCCUACAGAGCCCGCCCCCCCAGACUCUGCCAACCAAUCAGAGCACGCUGAGGAGCGGUAUGUUCCCCGGAGGGAGUGGAAGGUCCAUCUGACGCCCAUCGACCCCGAGAAACAACUAGGACAGGAGAGACGGCGGCAGCGUCUCCAUGACCUCUGUCACCAUGGUGAUGACCUGGCUUUUCCGGGGAAGAACCGUUCGUUUGACGACAUCCCCAACAGGGAGCUGGAUCACCUGAUCGUGGACGACCGCCACGGUAUCAUAUACUGCUACGUCCCCAAGGUGGCGUGUAGUAACUGGAAGAGAAUCAUGAUCGUGCUCAGUGAGAGUCUGCUCCAGGAGGGAGUUCCGUACAGGGACCCUCUGGCGGUUCCUCAGGAGAUGGUCCACAACAGCAGCCUCCACUUCACCUUCAACAAGUUCUGGAAACGCUACGGGAAGUUCUCACGACACCUGAUGAAGGUGAAGCUCCAGAAGUACACCAAGUUCCUGUUUGUCAGAGAUCCGUUCGUCCGCCUCAUCUCAGCGUAUCGGAACAAGUUUGAGCAGCCCAACGAGGACUUCUACCAGAGAUUCGCUCUGCUCAUGCUCCGUCGCUAUGGUAACCACUCUGAACCCCCCGUGGCGGUGGGCGAUGCGUUUCCUGCGGGAAUCCGCCCCUCCUUCUCAGAGUUCGUCCAAUACCUACUGGACCCCCAAACGGAGAGCGACGCCCCCUUCAACGAGCACUGGAGACAGGUGUACCGGCUCUGCCACCCCUGUCAAAUACAGUAUGACUUUGUGGGCCAGCUGGAGACGGUUGAGGAGGAUGCUGAACAGCUGCUGAGGGUUUUGAAGGUGGACAACGUGGUAGACUUCCCUUCCUCUCACAGGAACCACACGGCCAGCAGCUGGCAGGAGGACUGGUUCAGCAGGGUUCCCCUAGUGGCCAGGAGGGAACUCUACAGGCUGUAUGAACCAGACUUCAGACUGUUUGGCUACUCCAGGCCAGACUCACUGCUAGACUGACUGACUCCAACUACACUCUUAGGGUUAGGGUUAGGACUGGUUCAGCAGGGUUCCCCUAGUGGCCAGGAGGGAACUCUACAGGCUGUACGAACCAGACUUCAGACUGUUUGGCUACUCCAGGCCAGACUCACUGCUAGACUGACUGACUCCAACUACACUCUUAGGGUUAGGGUUAGGACUGGUUCAGCAGGGUUCCCCUAGUGGCCAGGAGGGAACUCUACAGGCUGUAUGAACCAGACUUCAGACUGUUUGGCUACUCCAGGCCAGACUCACUGCUAGACUGACUGACUCCAACUACACUCUUAGGGUUAGGGUUAGGACUGGUUCAGCAGGG